AUGAAAAUAAUCUUCAUGUUACUUGAACAGAAUAUCAUGUCAUUUGUGACAGAAGAGUUGAAGAGGUUCAAGACAGUGCUGAGUUCAGAUCUCCCAGAAGGCUUUGAGAGGGAGGAUGAGGAAGGUGUGGACCCUGAAGAUGAGAAGCAGGAGAGCAGUGCCAAAGAGGGGGUUCUGAAGAUCACACUUCAUGUCCUGAGGAACAUGAACCAGAAGGAUCUUGCUGACACACUGGAGAAAAAUGAGCUUGCUAUGAUUUGCCAACAUGAUCUCAAAUCUAACCUGAAGAAGAAGUUUCAGUGUGUUUUUGAGGGUAUCGCUGAACAAGGGAACCCAACACUUCUCAAUAAGAUCUACACAGAGCUCUACAUCACAGAGGGUGGAAAGAGAGAAGUCAAUAAUGAACAUGAGGUGAGACAGAUUGAGCGAGCAACUAGGAAAAAUUCAAGACCAGAGACAGCAAUCAAAUGUAAUGACAUCUUCAAACCCAUACCUGGACACGACAAACAUAUCAGAACUGUGCUGACAAAGGGAGUCGCUGGAAUUGGAAAAACAGUCUCUGUGCAAAAGUUCCUUCUGGAUUGGGCUGGACAAAAAGCCAAUCAGGAUGUCCAAUUUGUAUUUUCCCUCCCUUUUAGGGAGUUGAAUUUGAUGAAAGGGGAAAAACUCAGUUUGAUUCAACUCAUCAAUCAUUUCUCAAUCGAAACCACAAAAGCAAGAAUCUCUAACUACAGCGAAUACAAAGUUCUGUUCAUCUUUGAUGGUCUGGAUGAGUGCCGACUGCCCCUUGACUUCAAGAACAACAAGAGCUGUUGUGAUGUGACAGAGUCAACCUCAGUGGAUGUGCUGCUGACAAACCUCAUCAAGGGAAAUCUGCUUCCCUCUGCUCUCCUCUGGAUAACUACCAGACCUGCAGCAGCCAAUCAGAUCCCUUCUUGGUGUGUUGACCAGGUGACAGAGGUGAGAGGGUUCAAUGACCUACAGAAAGAGGAGUACUUCAGGAAGAGAUUCAGUGAUGAGGACCUGGCCAGCAGAAUCAUCUCACACAUAAAGACAUCAAGGAGCCUCCACAUCAUGUGUCACAUACCAGUCUUCUGUUGGAUCGUUGCUACAAUCCUUGAGCACAUGUUGACUACAGAUGAUAAAGUAGAGCUGCCCAAGACCCUAACAGACAUGUACUCACACUUCCUUGUGUUUCAGUCCACACACAGAAAUGUAAAGUAUGAUGGGAAAAAAGAGACAGAUCCACACUGGAAUAAAGAGAGCAUUCUGACACUGGGAAAACUGGCUUUUAACCAGCUACAGAAAGGCAAUCUGAUCUUCUAUGAAGAUGACCUGAAAGAAUGUGGCAUUGAUAUUAGUGAAGCAUUAGUGUACUCAGGAGUCUGUACACAGAUCUUUAAAGAGGAAUGUGGGCUGAACCAAUACAAGGUGUUCUGCUUUGUCCAUCUGAGCAUUCAGGAGUUUCUAGCUGCUGUAUAUGUGUUUCUCUCAUUCAUCAAUAACAAUGAAAAUCUAAUGGAUGAACAAAAAUCAACCGACAGGAACGUUUCAAUGUGGUUCGGAGAACAAGUCACAUUCUACAAGACUGCUGUGGAUAAAGCCUUACAGAGUAAGACAGGACACCUGGACCUUUUCCUCCGCUUCCUUCUGGGUCUCUCACUGGAGUCAAAUCAGAAGCAUUUAGGAGGUCUACUGACAAAGACCAGAAGCAGCUCACAGAGCCAUGAAAAAACAGUGAAGUACAUCAAGGAGAAGAUCAGGAAGAAUCCCUCUUCAGAGAGGUGCAUCAAUCUGUUCCACUGUCUGAAUGAACUGAAUGACCAUUCUCUAGUGGAGGAGAUCCAAAGAUACCUGAGUUCAGGAAGUCUCUCCAGAGAAGAACUGUCAUCUGCACAGUGGUCAGCUCUGGUCUUUGUGUUACUGACUUCAGAAGAGGAGAUUGAUGUGUUUGACCUGAAUAAAUACUCCACAUCAGAGAAAGGUCUUCUGGAGUUGUUGCCAGUGAUCAAAACCUGCAGAGCUGCUCUGUUGUCAGGCUGUCUGGUCACAGAGGAAGGCUUUGCUUCUCUGGUCUCAGCUCUGAAGUCAAACCCCUCACACCUGAAAGAACUGGAUCUGAGCUACAAUCACCCAGGAGACUCAGGAGUCAGACUGCUGUCUGCUGGUCUGGAGGAUCCACACUGGAGACUGGAGAAACUCAAGCUGUCAGGCUGUCUGGUCACAGAGGAAGGCUGUUCUUCUCUGGUCUCAGCUCUGAAGUCAAACCCCACACAUCUGAAAGAGCUGGAUCUGAGCUACAAUCAUCCAGGAGAAUUGGGAGUCAGACUACUCUCUGCUGGACUGGAGGAUCCACACUGGAGACUGGAGAAACUCAAACUGUCAGGUUGUAGAAUCACUGAGGAAGGCUGUGCUUCUCUGGUCUCAGCUCUGAAGUCAAACCCCUCACACCUGAAAGAACUGGAUCUGAGUAACAAUCAGCCAGAGGAUUCAGGAGUGAAGAAACUCUCUGCUUUGAUGGAGGAUCCACAAUGUAGACUGGAGACUCUGAGACUGUCAGGUUGUGGAAUCACUGAGGAAGGCUGUGCUUCUCUGGUCUCAGCUCUGAAGUCAAACCCCUCACACCUGAAAGAACUGGAUCUGAGUAACAAUCAGCCAGAGGAUUCAGGAGUGAAGAAACUCUCUGCUUUGAUGGAGGAUCCACAAUGUAGACUGGAGACUCUGAGACUGUCAGGUUGUGGAAUCACUGAGGAAGGCUGUGCUUCUCUGGUCUCAGCUCUGAAGUCAAACCCCUCACACCUGAAAGAACUGGAUCUGAGUAACAAUCAGCCAGAGGAUUCAGGAGUGAAGAAACUCUCUGCUUUGAUGGAGGAUCCACAAUGUAGACUGGAGACUCUGAGGCUGUCAGGCUGUCUGGUCACAAAGGAAGGCUGUUCUUCUCUGGUCUCAGCUCUGAAGUCAAACCCCUCACACCUGAAAGAACUGGAUCUGAGCUACAAUCAUCCAGGAGACUUGGGAGUCAGACUGCUCUCUGCUGGACUGGAGGAUCCACACUGGAGACUGGAGAAACUCAAUAUGGAUCAUGGUGGAGAGUGGAGGUUGAAAUCAGGCCUGAAGAAAUAUGUCUGUGAUCUCACACUGGACCCAAACACAGUAAAUAGAAAACUCUCUCUGUCUGAGGAGAACAGAAAGGUGACAUGGAGGAGAGAAGAGCAGCCGUAUCCUGAUCACCCAGAGAGAUUUGAGUACUGGGAACAGGUGUUGUGUAGAGAAGGUCUGUCUGGACGCUGUUACUGGGAGGUAGAGUGGAGUGGGGGAGGGGCUGGGAUAGGAGUGACAUAUAAAGGAAUCAACAGGAGAGGAUGGGGUGUUGACUGUUGGUUUGGAUACAAUGACAAGUCCUGGAUUCUGUACUGUUAUGUUGACCGUUACUCUGUCAGACACAAUGAUAAGACAACUGACAUACCUGUCACCUCCUCAGACUCCCACAGAGUAGGAGUGUAUCUGGACUGGCCAGCCGGCACUCUGUCCUUCUACAGGGUCUCCUCUGACACACUGACCCACCUGUACACAUUCAACACCACAUUCACUGAGCCCCUCUAUCCAGGGUUUUAUGUUUAUGACUCCUCAGUGUCUCUGUGUCAGAUGGUCCCUGUGUCAAACACAACAUGAUGUUUCACUCUAAUCAUGGUCAUGUUCAGUAGGACACACCGUAGUAAAACAGAAUAAAUUACCACAUCCAGUUCAGACAGGAAACCUGAGUGGUCAUUGGUCAGUGACGUAUCAGCUGAUGGUGUCCACCUGUUACCCACCCACCACUCCUACCUCCUAACACACCAUGGUCAUGUUCAGUAAAACACACCGUAGUAAAACACUGACAAUAACUCUCUAGUAGUGAGUAAAUAUAUCAUAUGACUGUAAAUAUUCCUGAUUAAACACCACUGAAGAUGUAACCUGUAAGCUAGAGUCAUUAUUCAAUAGAAUGAAUCACCACACUGGUCUGUAAAACCUUCACAAUUAGAAAUCAUUCAUCUGGUUGUUAUUGUUUAUCAUUGGUGUUUGUAAACAUUGUCUGUAGAAUGUUUAUUUAUUUAAUUGUUGACAAA